CGCGUCCCAGGGCUGUUUCAGAAACUGCCAGGUUGGCUCUCCGGGAAGUUGUGGCAGAAACACACACACACACACAACUAAGAAGAACCCAGGAGCCCCUCCCUUCUCUUUCCUUCUAUUCCCACCCCUUUCCCUUCUCCGGCUGAAGCCUUUGGUCAGCGGGUGAAGGCAGUGGCGGGGCUCCUGCUACAGCUGCUGUCUUUGGCGGAGACUCGCGUCAUGCGAGGCGUAUUCCCCUCCCUCCCCCGUCUCUUCCAACCUGCCGCGGGUAAUGAGCUGAAGAGCCAGCCACUUGGGAGUUUCUUUGCCAGCCAGGCCAGCCAGCGGAGGAGGAGGAGUUGUUCUGGCGGGGAAUCUCUGGAACCGAGCCUUCGACCGCCAAGCCGGGAACCGGAGACCAAGCCAGCGAGGUGCGGGGGUGGGGGGGGAGCAGAUUUGACUGCUGAAUCCCUCCUCCCUUGAGUUGGCCGGCUGAGUAGGAGCGCUCCUCAGUGGGUCCUGGAGUUGCCUCGGAUCCUGCAGUGGAAGGAAACGCUCAGCAUCCCCCGUGGGAGCGGAGGAAGCCGCGGCCUUCGGAAAACCGGCUCCCUCAAGAGUUUCGGAUUCACCGUCGCCGAAGGCCGUGGAGCGUAAAUCAGUUUGGCCCGAAAACGUCCAAAAUAAACCCGCCAAGUCGCCAUUUGUGCAGGGAGAGGAGCCGGACGGAGCACUUGUGCAGGGAGGGGAGCCAGCCAAUUGUCGAAUCAGAGGAGCUCCUCUAUUUGAGGCGAGGGGUGGGGCGGAGUGGCUGGGGGUAUUGCACGGGAUUUGAGCUUCCGUACUUCGAUUUUUCGCUUUGGCUUCAGAAUUGGUUCCGGAUUCAGAUCUGAACUGGGGGGGGGAGGAGGGGAGAGACUCCAGGGCGACUCCCCUAUUCCCUUUCCCCGGCGACAGCCAAAGGUUUUGGACCAGAGUAGGCAGGGAGAGAGACGAAGGCGAGGGUCCCCCGACCCACUGCACGGACAGUCGAAUUCAGAGCUGCUGCUUCGUGGUUAGGAGACCCGCAAGCUAAGCCAGCACCACCGUCUCUCGUCUGGACUCUGGAGCCGGACCUGCCCCUCCAUCCCUCCCUCAAUUGCUCGUUCGCUCGUUGGCUGGUUGGCUCUCCGUGGACCCGAGUCAAAGUCCACAUGCCUGUCACCCCUCCAGUAACGCCUCCACCGCCUCCGCCCGGGGCUCUAUUAUGCCAGUGACGCCCCGGCCGUCGCCCUGCCGGAGCCGCGAUGAAGGAGAAGUCUAAGAACGCCGCCAAGACGCGGCGGGAAAAGGAGAACGGCGAAUUCUACGAGCUGGCCAAGCUGCUGCCCCUGCCGUCGGCCAUCACCUCCCAGCUGGACAAGGCGUCCGUCAUCCGCCUCACGACAAGCUACCUGAAAAUGAGAGCGGUCUUCCCGGAAGGUUUGGGAGAUGCCUGGGGCCAGCCAAAUAGAUUAGGCCCCUUGGAUAACAUUGCAAAGGAGCUGGGUUCACAUUUACUUCAGACUCUGGAUGGGUUUGUUUUUGUGGUAGCGUCUGAUGGCAAAAUAAUGUAUAUCUCAGAAACAGCUUCUGUUCAUCUAGGUUUAUCCCAGGUAGAACUAACUGGCAAUAGCAUUUAUGAAUAUAUACAUCCCUCAGAUCAUGAUGAAAUGACAGCCAUUUUAACAGCUCACCAGCCACUUCAUCCCCAUCUUUUACAAGAAUAUGAAAUAGAGAGAUCUUUUUUCCUGCGAAUGAAGUGUGUCUUGGCCAAGCGAAAUGCAGGAUUAACAAGUAGUGGUUAUAAGGUGAUCCAUUGCAGUGGCUAUUUGAAGAUUCGGCAGUAUAUGCUGGAUAUAUCUUUGUAUGACACCUGUUACCAAAUUGUGGGAUUGGUUGCUGUAGGUCAAUCACUACCUCCAAGCGCAAUUACUGAGAUCAAACUUCAUAGUAAUAUGUUUAUGUUCAGAGCAAGUCUGGACUUAAAGCUUAUCUUUCUGGAUUCCAGAGUGACUGAAUUAACUGGAUAUGAGCCACAAGAUUUGAUAGAGAAAACUCUUUACCACCAUGUGCAUGGAUGUGAUGUGUUUCAUUUACGAUAUGCUCACCACCUUUUGUUGGUGAAAGGACAAGUCACGACCAAGUAUUAUCGGUUGCUGUCAAAAAAUGGUGGCUGGGUUUGGGUCCAGAGCUAUGCCACUAUUGUACAUAAUAGCCGCUCAUCAAGACCUCACUGCAUAGUGAGUGUCAAUUAUGUCCUAACAGAUAUAGAAUAUAAAGAACUUCCAUUGUCACUGGACCAAAUUGCCGUUUCUAAAUCACAGUUUUCAUGCAGAAAUUUGAUGUCUACCUCACAAGAAACAAGAAAAGCAACAAAACCUAGGAGUAAUAAAAUGAAGAUGAAACUCAGAACAACUCCUUAUCCACAGCAGCAAUAUGGUUCCUUCCAGACAGAGAAGCUGGAAUGUGGCCAAGUUGGAAGCUGGAGAUCCAGCUCCAUAGCAAACUCCACCACCAUCCAAGAACAAGCCUUUCAUUCAGAAAACAGUGAACUUUUAUACACUCCAUCGUACAGCUUACCUUUCUCAUAUCAUUAUGGGCACUUUCCUGUAGACUCACAUGUAUUCAGUAGCAAAAAACAAAUGCUGCCUUCUAAAUUUGGCCAGCCUCAAGGAGCACCUUGCGAAGUAGCACGGUUCUUCUUAAGCACAUUGCAGACAAGUGGAGAGUGCCAGUGGCACUAUGCCAAUUCUCUUGUACCAGGGAGUCAAUCACCAUGUAAAAGUCCUGAUCAGUCAGCAUGUAAUAUACGCCAUAAUCUCUUGCAAAAUUAUGAAGUGCCACUACCACAUAGACGAUACAACCAUGAAAGUACCUCUGAAAGUUUUACAGGUUGUGCCAGCUUAACACCCAAUAGCAAAUACAAAGAAGAAAUCUAUGAUUCUGGCAUUAUAAAACAGAGCAAAACAGAAAACAGAACGUGUCCUGCACACAAUCUCAUUAAAGAAGAAAAUAAAGCAGUUUUCAAUAGAGACUUGCAAGAAAAAAACAGCAUUAGUGAAAAGGUCUUUUCAAACUCCUUCUCCAAUACCUUUUUAUCAAAAUCAGAAUCUUUCCAAAGUAAAUCAAUUGGACAGUUAAGUCACUUUGUCCCAGUUCCAACAGUAUAUGAACAAGCAAGAAGAAUUUAUAUGAAAGAACCAAAAUAUGAAAAUAUUGCUCAGCAUACUACAAAUUUAAGUGAACUGGAAUCUGAGGACAGAAUGGUUGCAAAGCUUGACAGUGACCCUGAAACUGACCUUACAGUGGAUGUAAGACAUGCAGGACAAGUUCCGCUUGUCUUUCUGAACUAUCACCGAGUUUUAGCCAAACAUGGCACAUUUCAAACGUCUUCAUGCAUGGCGACAGGCCACAUAACAGAAAAUUAUGGACCCAAUUCUGAGGAUGUAAAUAUGUUUUACAAAAACCAAAGCCCCUCAUCAGCUUCAUCCCCUGAAACUCACAAAGAAUCUACACUUCCUCAUUAUAUUGGAACUUCUGUAAUAAUAGCUAGUGGAAGGUAACAAUAAUUGAGCCUGUUAAUAAAUUAAAAUAAACAAAUUGGAAUUGUUUCCAGAGAGCAUGAAUAUGCAUGGCUGUAGCCAUUAAGGAAAGUUCAAGGUCAGUGGGGACAAACUUGUAGGUUAGCCAUGUAAAGUUAAUGCUUUUACGAUCAGGAAAAGAAAACUUCAGUGUUGUUUUAUUACUAAUUAAUCUCUGCAGGUUGACUCUGCCAUCAAGAAGCCAUGUAACAAGAUGAUUUUUUUUUUUAUUCUUAAAAGUUUAUCCCUUAGAUUUUACAAGUAUCAGUACAAAGAUGGUUUUCUUAUCAACUUCAAUUCUACCAUUAUAAUACGUUAACAUAGCUGCCAAAUGGAUACAAUUAUUUAUGACAGGAUUUUUUUCCAAGUAAUCUUUAUUCAAUAUCCUGGGAACAUUGAUGUUUACAAAUCAUUCAUUUUAAUGCAUCUGACUUUAAUACAUUUUAUCAAGGCACUCAAGAAUUGCCACCCUGCAUGACAACUAUGCAUCUUUGAACAAUGAAAAAUUCCAUGCUUACUGUUUGAAAUAUUUACCAAAGAGUUGAUGACUUUCACAUUGUAGUGAAGUAUGAUACAAAUGUUUUCAAAGAAUCUCUGAAAAGUGAGAAGAGGUUUUUCUAUUUCAAGUACAACUUUUAGAUAAAAGAAUAGAUCCAAUUUUUCUUUAAAGAAAAAUAGCUGUAUUCUGUUCAUUUUGCUUUGAUAAUGAGAUUUCAAUUCUUUUCAUUUCAGGAGUAAUCCUUUUCCAGAGGGUCUGUGUGUGUGUGCGCAUGCAUGUGUGUAUGUGUUUAAACCCAGCACAUUGUGGCACUUGGCUUGUUAAGCUAUGAUAAAAUGCAUUCACAGAAGGAAUUAAUGAUAUUCUGACACUCCUCAGGCCUGUAGAAUUUGUUUUGGAUUUUUAGUAGAAUACAUAUUACCUUGAAUAUUUUAACCUAUAAUAUUGAAUCUGGAGAAUAAUACAGUCUAAACACAUACAGAUAUGUAUUUAUGUUGUAAGUAUUUACAGUAAGUACCCUUCAGAUCCCUGUUUGGGAGCACUCCAGCAUACACACAAAGGAAACAGUACUCAUGUGUUCCUGCUCCUAUUGCUGAUUACAGAUAAUAGUAAUUAUUGUGUGGAUAAUAAAUCAUCUGCAUGCAAUUCCUGGAAUAUGCUACCAUUAGCUGGCUGUAACUAUUGAAAUACAUUUUUCUAUUUUUAAUAACAUCAUAAAAAAUCCUAAUAGGUACAUACCUGUAAUGUGUGUAUAAUGUACAUUAUACAUUAAUGUAUAAUAUAUACUGACAUAUAACAAUACAGGUAGUCCUUGACUUAUGACAUAAUUGAGCCCAACAUUUCUCUUGUUAAGUGAGACAUUUUUAAAGUGAAUUUGCCCCAUUUUACGCCCUUUCUUGCCACAGUUAAGUGAAUCACUGCAGUUGUUAAGUUAGUAACAUGGUUGUUAAAUGAAUCUUGCUUUCCCAUUGAUUUUGCUUGUCAGGUCACAAAAGGUGAUGACAUGUCCCUGGGAUGAUGCGACCGUCAUAAAUGUUAGUCAAUUGUCAAAUGUCUGAAUGUGUGAAAAACAGUCAUAAGUCCCUUUCUUCAGUGCUGUUGUAACUUUGAACAGUCACUACAUGAACUGUUGUAAGUUGAGAACUACCUAUACAAUUUAAUUUUAAUUGACUAUUUUUUUGCCUCCCUAAAACAAGGCAGUUUCCAAACAAAAGGCAGUAUUGUGAAUGCUCUAAGUAAAGCCAGAACCAGUAUAAGGUUAUUUCUGUGAAAAGUCUUUUUAAUUUUGUGCAAUAAACAAAACAAUCUCACUGAUUGCACCUUGUUAUACAUCAAAUAAACAUAAUAGACAUUUUCUUAAACCAUUUUUUCCUGAAAUACACUUUAUUUGCUUUCUGAUGUUAGAAACAUUUGCCACUGUGGAGAAAGAAGAUUGUGUUAAAGUAAUUUUUGUUCCAGUAUUAUCCUAUGAAAUCAUUGAGACUACACAUUUAUUUUCACAGUGUCAAAGUAGGGAGCUUCAAAUUUCAAAUAGGGAUAAAUUGUGCCCUGAGCUGAAGUACUUGGUUCCAAAAUGGUGAAAAGACUGUUCUAGGAAUUCAAAGAACCAUUUUACUUGGACCCAUCCUUCAUUAUUAGUGGUCAAAUUGUUCUUUCCUUUCAAGUUUGAAAUAUGGAACAUUGGAUUUUUCUUUUGUUUGCAAGUAUUCCUUUUUUGGGCCUUGUUCCUUUCCUCCUUUGCAAUUUUGAUAUUUCAAAUUUAAAAAAGCGAAUGCCUUUAGAAAGAAUUAGGUGAUGUUCUUAGUAUUUGGAAAAAGGCAUUGCUUUCAAUGUUAAAUAGGCCAAACAAACUUCAUGGUUUUAAAUUACUACAUGCAUUUGUACGUGCAGUUUGGAUCUUCUCAUCAUGCUGGAAAUUUCUGUUGAAAGAUAACAAUUAGCAUAUUUUUGGAGUGUGUGACUGGAAAACCUGAGCAAUCAGGACAGAUAUAAUUGGUGACAUAUCUCUUUUAUUAUUAAAAGGAGGUAAACAUAUUUGCACAAAUCAUCAUACAUGAAAUCACCCUAAAUUUAUUUGGUUUCUGACAAACUCUCAUUUAAAGUAGAAAACUUGUGCAUUGGAAAUUAGAUGGUUAGCUUAUUGUUAUAGUUUUAGUAUUCAAAAUCAACAGUGUCAUUAGUACAGUAUUAGUCAGAUUGACAACUUGCAAAAUCAGUAAGAAAAAAAUUAAUGUAAGGAAUGGGCUUGUCAUGGUCUGCCCCAAUCUAGAUUUUCAUUUUACUUUGAAGCAGAAGCCUGAUUUUCAUGAAACUUUUUAAGAAAUCAUGUCUAGAGUUUUGAGAUGUAGUCUGUGUUAGCAAUACCAGAAUAAUUGUUUGCUACUGCAUCAAAAUCACAACUGCACCAUUUUCCAAACUACUAAGUUAGAAAUGUGUUAAUUAAUUUAGUCAGAUUACUCAGGCAAUUUAAACUCAUCAGUUAAAUGUAUAUAUUGCAAUAAUGUUGAGUGAAAUGAUUUUCCCCCUAUUAACCAGUUAAAAUAACAAGCUGCAAAUUAUUAUGCUUUUCCUGAAAUAAGUGUUGCUGAAAACAGCACUGGUAAGUAAAUCCUGUAGUAUUAACAUUACAAGACUUUAUUAUCAAAUAGAAUUAAUUUACUAUGUUUAAAACCAGUGCCUCUAUAUUAAUUUAGGUAAUGUUCUGAAAAAGUGUAUUUAUGCUAAAACUUGCAUUUUUAUUUUGUUAUAUUAAAAUGUGUUUCCUAUUGCAACUUUGGUUGUUAAUUGCCUCAUAAAAAUAAAUCUAAUAGAUAACUAUAUAGUAAUAUUUUACCUAUUUUCUAAAAUGCCUUUAUGCACACUGUCUUGCAUUAAAAGAAAGUAUCAGGAACCAUCAUAUUGUAAUUGUAAUACAUGGUCCACUAUGGUUCAAGUAAUCCCGUUGCUGUAUGUGAUCUUUUUAAAGUGAAUACAGAGAAGGAUAUUCUGUUGUGCUCCUGCAUAUCCUAUAGCAUGUUAAUCUAAUUCAAUUAAAAAUUAUAUUCAGGAAAAAUGCUCAGUUAUAUACCCUACUAUAAUUUGGUAUGUUCAUACUUGGAAUUUAAAUAGAGAAUUUGACUAAUAUCAGCUUAUAAACUUUCAAUAAUGAAAAAAUAUGAAAUUGCUACAUCUGUACAAGAAUGAAAAGGUUUAUUCUGUAUAUUUAUAAAGUGAGAAACCUUAAAUUGACUUUUCCUGUUAUUUAUGACCUAUAGUAUAAUUUGGGUAAAAAAGUAUGGAAAAUUGAAUAGGAAAACCUAAGCAUGUCUGGAUUUUAUUGAUACAAAGCCACACUUUCAUGUUUCAUAAGAAGCCUCUGUUUAGUAAGCUUUAUAGAUUCUAGUGCUGUGCACUAUUUUAGGACAAAUUCUGAAUUUCCUUGCAGAUUAUGUUGAUUUUAGCCAUGGUGAUAUUGUCACAGAAAUUGUAUCACACAUUACAUUAUGAUGAUUGUGCAAUGACAUAUUAUAGUUAGACUUGCUCUCCUAACAGUCCCAUGCCCCAGUCAUAAAAAAAUGUCUGCCAUUUCAGGCUCAGUUUUAGUUGUUUGAUCCCCAAUUAAUGAAUUUUCUAUUAAUUUAUGUCUCCAAUAUGUUAUGCAAGAAACAUGCUACGUGUCAAGUAGCUGUUUAAAACAGCAACAGUUCUUUGGUUCUUGCUCUUAUAAAACACUUUGAUAGGAAAGGAGAAGGGAAAGUACUGACAACUCUACCUUAAAACAGAGUGAAUCUUGUGAUCAAACUAUUUUCUCCUCUCCAGUCGAAAAGUUUUGUGAGUAAUAUGAAGUGUUUCAGAAAGGAUCUUUAACCUUUCUGUGCCCUACCUGUCAU